GAUCCCAUUUCCUGCAGGCAGGGCUGUUCUAUGCAUAAAAAUCCAGGAGCCUGGGAACACCACACAAAAUCUGAGUGAGACAGCCUGUCUGUCUCUCCACACCAGCACCAGCCACCAUUGAAGCAUGAGUUCCCAGCAGCAGAAGCAGCCCUGUAUCCCACCCCCUCAGCUUCAGCAGCAGCAGGUGAAACAGCCUUGCCAGCCUCCACCCCAGGAGCCCUGCCACCCCAAGAUCCCUGAGCCCUGCCACCCCAAGGUGCCUGAGCCCUGCCACCCCAAGGUGCCAGAACCCUGCCCCACAAAGGUCACUCCAGCACCGGCCCAGCAGAAGACCAAGCAGAAGUAACGUGGUCCACAGCCCAGCCCUGGAAGAGCCACACACCAGAUGCUGAGCCCCUAUCCUGCUUUGCUUAUGAGUCCCAUCUCCCUGUUGACCUUGAACUUAGCAUGUUGUCACCCCAAAACAAGUGCUGUGAAGCUUUCCUUCACAUACACUCUGAGCUUCUGAAUUAAACUGAAGGUCUUAGCACCGGUCCCAGUUUUCAGCUGCUCAGAAUUGAUCUGAAGAGGGACUUGAGGUAGAAACAAGUGAUUCAGCUCCAUUAAGCUCUCUCGUAUUAAAUGCACUUUCAGUUCUA